UCUUAUAAGAGCCGCUGAACGUCUCAUGUCCAGCACAUAAUCUGAUCUGAAAAUCCGUAGGUGAGGAGAAGGUUUUCACCUACUUCCAUGAUCAUUGGUAAGGGAGGGAGGCGCGCAGAGACAGAAACAACCAGGGCCGCCGGUGGUUGUGUCGCCUCCUCGGCUGAGAUUCACUCCUCUGGACUCCUUGAAACUCUUCUUAUUUAUUGCAAGAUCUAAACAAUGCAGUUAGAGAACAUCCUUCCCAGCGCUAGCAUCAAUUUACCCAAGACCUUUUUCAAUCUCUCCUCGUCGGACAGUGCCAACAACAGCCCGAGGCCGUCAUCGCAGCUUGAAUAUCAAGAAGUCGACCGGACGGAAUCAGAGUCGAGCAGCGCUCCUAAGAAAUAUCUGAGCGGGGUGGGAAACGGGAUGCUGGGUGAGGGAGAGGGGGACACUUUCACUAAAACCGGGCCCGAUGGGAGAAAAGGCUCCCCGGUGCUCGGUGAGGACGAGCUGACGAGCGGUCGGCGUUACAACAUAGACGAACUUGGCUCUGACAGAUACUUCAUCUCGUCGUCCCAGGCGAGUUCCGACAUGGCCAGCCCCUGUUCCCUCUUCCCCUAUGCAGGACAGACCGGGUCGGUGUACACCGGGUCCAGCAGCUCCAGGUACCCGGCUUCACUUCAUUACGGAUCCGUCCUGCCGCCAACAGGCUUCUCCUCCUCGUCCGUGUGCACCGGCCGGAGUCAGUUUAGCAGCGGAGGGUACCAGUUCAGCCAGGGUCCGGGCUGUUUGUACCCCUCCUAUCCCGGGACGGGCACGGGUAUUGGGUCCAUGUCUCUGCCGGGGUCCGCCGCCGGGGCAAGAGCGCAGGUCUAUCUGUGCAACCGGCCUCUGUGGCUGAAAUUCCACCGGCACCAGACGGAGAUGAUAAUCACCAAACAGGGCAGACGGAUGUUCCCAUUCCUCAGUUUCAACAUCACUGGACUCAACCUCACGGCCCAUUACAAUGUCUUUGUAGAAGUUGUUUUGGCUGACCCGAAUCACUGGCGCUUUCAGGGAGGAAAGUGGGUCACUUGUGGAAAAGCAGACAAUAAUAUGCAAGGUAACAAAAUGUAUGUUCAUCCUGAAUCUCCAAACACUGGUGCUCACUGGAUGAGGCAAGAAAUCUCUUUUGGCAAGUUGAAGCUGACUAACAAUAAAGGGGCCAACAACAACAACACACAGAUGAUAGUCUUGCAGUCGCUUCAUAAAUACCAACCGCGACUGCACAUUGUGGAGGUGACAGAAGACGGGGUGGAGGACAUGAGCAACGAGGCCAGAACUCAAACAUUCACCUUCCCAGAGAAUCAGUUUAUAGCCGUCACUGCUUACCAGAACACAGAUAUCACACAGCUGAAGAUAGAUCACAACCCAUUUGCGAAAGGCUUCCGGGACAAUUAUGACUCGAUGUACACAGCCCCAGAGAGUGACAGGUUGACUCCGUCCCCUACAGACUCUCCUCGCUCCACUCAAAUUGUGCCCGGGGCCCGCUAUGCCAUGCAGCCUUUCUUUCAGGACCAGUUUGUCAACAACCUGCCUCAGAACCGCUUCUACGCCAGCGAGCGGGCUGUUCCCCAAACCAACAGCCUUCUCUCCCCACAGAGUGAGGACGCCAGCGCCGCUGCCUCUGCCCAGCGCUGGUUCGUCCCACCAGUCCAGCAGCCGGGCUCCAACAAGCUGGAUCUGUCGUAUGACAAUGACUAUUCCACCAGUAGCCUGCUGUCCUAUGGCAUCAAACCCCUGUCCCUGCAGACGUCCCACGCCCUCAGCUACUACCCAGACUCGGCCUUCGCCUCCAUGGCCGCAGGCUGGGGCACCAGAAGCUCUUACCAGCGCAAGAUGACCACGGGCCUGCCCUGGUCCCCUCGACCAAGCCCCCCAGCCUUUCCGGAGGACCAGCUGGGGGUUACUAAAGACAAGCUGCCCGAGGAGAGCGCACCGCCAGCCUCGACCUGGAUCGAGACGUCCCACUCACUGAAAUCGGUGGACUCUACCGAUUCUGGUGUAUACUCCGUGGUGUGCAAGAGGCGCAGAAUGUCCCCUGGGGGCUCAAGCACAGAGAACUCCCCAACCAUCAAGUGUGAGGACUUGACUACGGAGGAGUACAACAAGGACAACCCAAAAGGCAUGGGUUAUUAUGCAUUCUACACAAGCCCCUAAGACUGUAUUUAUUGAAACUAAAUAUAAUUCUUUUGUUUGAGUGCUCUCCAUUCCUUGUUAAUGUCUUUUUUCUCUUUUCUCUAAAGGUGCCAAAGCUUAGUGUUCCCCCAAGCAAGCUGCACAAGGUUAUUUUCCCAGGCCAGCCCCUCUCACAUACCUGAGCAGAAACAUGCAUAGUGAUUGUUGUUUUUGAAAAAGCAUGUCCCUUUUUAUUCAUUUAUUUUUACAACUUUUUUUAUUUACAAAUGUGAUUUUUUUUAAAUUUUAUUUUCUCCCUGCGUAUUUAAGUCAUUUUCGUUGUACAGUAUUCGUGCACUUUAGAAUGUGAUGUAUCUUGUACAAAAUGUCUUCAUGGAGGUGUUAUUAAAUGGAUAAUAAAACAGCUUUUCACAAAGCAUUGUCCAAA